UGUAAAACAUUUCUAUAUAUGCUCGAACUACCAUUGUACAAUAUUCAAAAGGAAGCUUUUAUAAUAUCCCAAAUUCCAUAAAAUUCUAAAAUACUUUUCAAAGGCUUGAAAAUUCUUGGUCUAUAAUUAUUAUUAUGAGUACUAAAACACUAUUAUUUCUAGGAAGCUAAAAUACUUUUGCUGAAAAAAAUGGAGUUUCUUGUUAUCUUCAUGAUAUUUGUGUCCUUUUUCUUCCUUUGCUACCUUUUUCGCAACAAAAAUGGCAUUCCUACUAAUUGGCCUAUAGUAGGGAUGUUGUUUGCACUACUCGUAAACGCUCAUCAAGUUCACGAUUGGCUAACCGAAUUGUUAGAGAAAUUAGAUAUGAAUUUCCUCUUUAAAGGCCCUUGGUUAGCCAAUAUGAAGAUGUUUAUCACACUUGAUCCUGCAAAUGUGCACCACAUUAUGAGCAAGAACUUUACAAAUUAUCCUAAGGGAACCAAGUUUAAUGAAAUGUUCGACGUUUUUGGGGAUGGCAUCUUCAAUGUUGACUCCGAUUUGUGGAAGUUACAUAGGAAAAUGGCGCAUACUUUCAUUGGUGAACCUAAAUUUCAUCGGUUUUUGCACGAUAAGGUUUGGGAGAAGGUAGAGAAAGGUCUAAUCCCGGUCCUUGAUCAUGCGUCGAAACAAGGGUUAGUAAUUGAUUUGCAAGAUUUGUUUUAUAGAUUUUCGCUUGAUACUAUUUGUACUCUAGUUACGGGGUGUGAUUUAGGAUCUUUAUCUAUCGAUUGGCCUCAUGUUCCAUUUGCAAACGCGUUAGAUGAUGCUGAGGAGGUCAUAUUGUAUCGACAUUUCGUUCCUAUGAGUGUAUGGAAGUUCUUUAGGUGGCUUGGGGUAGGAAACGAAAAGAAGUACAAAAAAGCUUGGGAAAUACUUGAUGAUUUCGUCUAUAAAUGCAUUACUAAAAAAAGAGAGGAGAAAAAACAAGAAUCAAUGAAGCCUCAAGUUGGUGUCGAUUUAUUGACAUUAUACAUGGAUGAAAGCCAAAGUAUAAAUGUUACAAGUGUUAGUGACAAGUUUUUAAGAGACACUAUACUAAGUUUUUUCAUAGCAGGACGAGACACAACUAGUACUGCUUUAUCAUGGUUCUUUUAUCUCCUCUCUAAGAACCCGCGAGUGGAAUCCAAGAUCCGAGAUGAAUUAAGCACAAUGGAGACGAUCCAUGAUUACCACAAGUUAAUUUAUGUUCAUGGUGCAUUAUGUGAGGCCUUAAGAUUGUACCCUCCUGUGGCUUUUGAACAAAAGGCCUCAGUUGAGUCGGAUGUACUUCCAAGUGGCCACCAAGUUGAUCCGAAUAUGCAAAUUAUAUUCAACAUGUACGCGAUGGGAAGGAUGAAGGCGAUAUGGGGAGAUGAUUGUUACGAGUUCAAGCCAGAGAGAUGGAUAUCUGAACGAGGGAACAUUCGACAUGAACCAUCCUACAAGUUCUUAGCCUUUAAUGCCGGGCCAAGAACUUGCCUAGGUAAAAAUAUGUCCUUCUUCCAAAUGAAGGCCGUUGUUGCUACAAUAAUUAAAAACUACACGUUCCAAGCAGUUGAAGGACAUCAAGUUGUUCCCGAUAUCUCUUUGAUUCUUCGUAUGAAGCAUGGAUUCAUGGUUAAGGUUUAUCAUUCUCCAUAAGGAAAACAUCUUAUUAGGUGUGUGUAAGAUUUCUCUUACAUGUAUUAUUCAUCUAAUUGUGCUUUAGGCGUAUGUUUAGAUCAUCAUUAAGAUGAUUUCCCUUAAAUAAUUGGUGUUUGUAAGAUAAGGUAAGGUAAGGUAUGUUGAGUUGCUUUUAUGUAUGUGGCUUUGUCAUUCAUGUGUCUUUAAAGUCAUAUGCCUAGCUAGGUGUUUACGCAUUUGCGUGCUAGCGAUGUGGAUGUAUGAUUGGAGAACUCUCGUUCAUUUAUGUAUAAAAUGAUUUUAUUAAUGUUA